AAAUGUGGGCCGUUUUACUCGAGAAAAGUCGCUGAGGCAGAAAAGAGGAUCGAUAGAUCCACGCGGGCGAGGAGAAAGUUAUUACAUACGUACCUACCGGUAUUCACGUCCGCCUGAUCAACUGUCUAUUUGCCUGAGCACCUGCCAGUGCGCUCGCUCGUCUUGGCUGCCUGCCCGCUCGUCUACCCUGCCCCGCUGUCAUCGACGCCGCGAGCCGAACGCGGAUUCCUUUUCUCGAUCAUCUCUCAACCAUUCAAUAAGGUGCAGACCCAUAGAAGAGAUGGUGGAGGUGCUUUUGGAUCGAAUCGACGGCCAGGAGGUGACCGUCGUCGAGUCAGACUGUAUACCAGAAUCACCGGCGGAGAAUUCACCGGUCAACGAGAAGCUCUCGCCGAUCCAAGAGUUUUAUAAUGGCCAGAGUAUUUUUAUCACCGGCGGCACUGGUUUCAUGGGCAAGUUGCUUAUCGAAAAGCUCCUCAGGACGUGCCCCGGAGUUACGUCGAUCUACCUGCUGGUACGUCCGAAAAAGGGCAAGGACGUGCACCAACGCACCGAAGAGAUCUUCGACGAUGCGGUAUUUACAAAGCUUCGAGAUGAACAGCCCAAGUUUCGACAUCAGAUAGUCGCUAUAGCAGGAGACUGCAGUCAACCGAAUCUCGGAAUAUCCUCGCAAGAUCGGGCCACUCUCAUCCGGGAAGUGUCGAUCGUUUUCCACGUCGCGGCUACGGUCAGAUUCGACGAGAAGCUGAAGCUAGCAGUGCCCAUUAACGUCAGAAGUACAAGGGACGUUAUAAAUCUCUGCAAGGAGCUCACGAACCUGAAGUCUUUUAUACAUGUGUCUACUGCAUAUGCAAAUUGUCCACAAAGUUUAAUCGAGGAGAAGUUUUAUGACCCGCCAAUGGACUCUGACAAAUUAAUUGCGUUGAUCGAGUGCAUAGAAGAUAAGCUGGCUGAAGAUAUAACUCCGCAAUUAUUAGGAAAAUGGCCCAAUACUUAUACCUUCACGAAAGCAGUUGCCGAGAACGUGAUCAGAAAGCAAGCCGGCGACUUGCCAGUUGGCAUUUUUCGUCCUGCCAUUGUGAUUUCAACCUAUAAGGAACCAAUGCGGGGCUGGAUCGACAAUCUGUACGGUCCGACAGGAGUUGCAGCCGGCGCAGGAACUGGAUUGCUGCGAUCCAUCCAUUGCGACGGCUCAGUACAUGCAAACGUGGUACCUGCCGACUUAACAGUUAACGCUCUAAUCGCAAGUGCAUGGGACGUAACAAAUGAACAAAGAUCGAACAACAAAUCGCAUAGCGAUAUUCCAAUUUAUAAUUACGUGUCUACGGAUAAUCCGAUAACUUAUGAUGAACUGAAGGAAAUGUCAUCGGCUUAUGGUCUUGACAUUCCCUCCACCAGGGCCGUUUGGUACUAUAGCUUCAGAAACAAUAAGCACAGGCUAGUCCAUCUCUUUUUCGUAUAUUUCUGGCACUUGCUUCCAGCUUUACUGGUUGACACCGCGACCGUCUGCAUAGGAAGACAACCGAGGUUACUUAAGGUUUACAAGAAGAUACACAAAUUUAUGGAUGUGUUGAACUACUUUGCCACGCAAGAAUGGAAGUUUACUAAUGACCGACUACAUGCGCUGAUGGCAAAGCUCACGUUCAAAGAUCGUGAAAAGUUUUACUGCGACAUACGUGAUGUCGAAUGGAAUUCUUACUUCGAAACAUAUAUUAGUGGAAUAAGGGUAUAUCUCAUUAAGGAUCCCUUAGAUACCUUGCCGCAGGCACGCGUCAAAUGGCAAAGAUUAUACUGGAGCCAUCAAGCGCUGAAACUCAUACUGGCCUACAUCGCCAUGAGGCUCUCCUGGACAGCUAUAUCUACUAUGCUCGAUCUUUUUUAUUCGACAGUAUGAUAGGAGUAAUAGGUGUUGAUGAAGCCCGAAAUCCAAGAUGAAUUUAGAAUUUAGAAUUCAUCCAAGAUGAAUGCGUCUUGAAGAUUACGGGGGCUGAACGGUGGAGGGCGAUAUCUUGUGUUUAUAAGAAAGAAGCGCGACGGGACUCUUACAAUUAGAGAAACCUGAUACUUUCGUCAAAAAUGUACGGAAGAAUCAGCGGAGAGUCAUGCCGUAAUCCUGUGUGUACACAAUGGGCUAUCACGAAACGGAAAUAUAAUGCAUGAGCAACACGAAAUGUGAUAAGGGUACCUAGAUGAGAAACGAUUCGUCGAAUCGACAUCGACACUGUCGAACUCGACGUUGAUUCGACAUGAAUUUGACACCGAUUGACGAGUCAUUUCUCGCUGGGUAGAGUAGAAUAGCAGCAAUUCGAUCGUAUUCUCUGACUUCGACGAUCUUCGCGCAGAUAAGUUGUACGUAAGGAUCAUGCGUUACCUUGCGUACAAAGCAGAUUUUCUAGAUGUUAUCUGAAAGAAGAGAGUUAAAAAUUUCGACCUUGUUUCGUGCAAACAUGUCAGUUAAUUAAUUUUCGACAUUAACUGUAAGACACGGCGAUACAGAAUUAUACGUAAGUACACUGAAAAAAAAAUUCGCUACCGUGGCUAAUCAUGGUUUGCUAAAAAUAUUUUGUUGCCGUAGCUAUAGAUUUCUAAACCGCGGCAAACUGUUUGCUACUGCACCUAAUACAAUAGGCACAGUAACCAAAUAUUUAGCUAUCACAGCUAAACAUUAGCUAUUCAUAUUUUACAACGGAAGUUUAGUUGCCACGUACAGUUUUCAGCUACGGCAGCUACAUUUUUCUUGCCGUAUAGAAUGCUUCAAAUUCAACAAAUGUGCAAUGUGUAAAUAAAAAAAUGAGCAUAAUAUAGAUACCGUUCUGGUUCGUGGGAGCGUCGCCUCAAGUCAUGGACCAUGCUUGAGUCUAAUUCGUUAUUCUGGCCGAAUGAGUUAACAACUACGUUGUACGUGGUUAAUAUUUUAAAUAAGCUUGUCGUAAGUUCGAGAGAGUUCGUUACUUCCUAUCGUAGUGAGGAUUGAGUAGUAUUUGAAAGUAUCAACGUUUUAAAGUAACGACAAUUCGUACGUUAAUAGAGAAAGGAUAUGCUAUUCCUGUGUAGAAAAAGUGGGUACUUUUCUCAAGCAUCCUCUAUCCUGAUAAACUGGUAAAUAUUGUACGUAACGUGUUACAAAUAAAAAUUACAGUUAACAGAAA